AUGGAAGUAGUUCAACGUAAUUCAGAAAUUGCGAUGGACGCAAAAACGGCCGCGAAAGAAGCCACGGAAAUCGGUAAAGCAAUAAUGAAAAUGAUUAGAGACAUGAAGCUUGUAAGCCAGCAGAACCAAGCCAACGCCAUGCCUACCUACGCCAACGUGAUGGCGAGGGGAGGGCUGGCGACAAGCAUACAUAACCCACAGAACCAGAAAGCAUCACCUGUCCAGACCGUACGCGAGAUUAUCAUCAACAUCAGAGACCCUGUCACUAUAGCCAACAUCAGAGCGAUGAGUCCCCAGAAGAUCAAGGUAGUAUCCUCCAAUCAGCUCAGGAGCGGUGACUUGAGCAUCAAGACGGCCACUUCAUCGGAUAUGGUAGCGCUUAGACAGUUUGCAGAAGACUGGGAACAAAGGAUCGGAAACGGUGCCACUGUACGCAUUCCGACGUAUGGUGUCUUGGUAUAUGGUGUAUGCACUAGUUCGAUGGAUAUGGAUAACUUCGAACUUAUUAGAGAUGGGUUAUUGCAGGAUAAUAAGCCUUUCAUACCAACUGCGGAGAUCAAGUACAUAGGCUGGCUGACGAGAUCUUCGUCCUCUAAAUCAGCAUCUUCGGUCGUGGUCGAGUUCACACGACCGGAAGAUGCGAAUAAAGUUAUUGAUGAGGGCCUCAUUUGGCAAGGCGAGGUGUUCCAAUGCGAACUCUAUGACAGACAGUGCCGCGUGAGACAAUGCUUCCAGUGUCACAAAUAUGGCCACAUAGGAACCCAGUGCAAGGCAAUAAUAACAUGCGGCUACUGCGCGCAAGAGCAUCCUACCCGGGAUUGCCUAACCAAGAGCGAUAGGGAUGCACCACGGAAAUGUGCGGCCUGCAACGGUGUACACGAAGCCUGGAAUAACCAAUGCCCUGUCAGGAAGCAGGAGGUCAAUAAGGCCAAAGCGGCCUCUAAACUGCGGCCCAGAUAUCAUCUAGAGCUAGAAAGCUUCGUUACCAGGAUAUCUACCGGAACCAGAACGCGGGAGCGGCAAAAUAACACCAACACAAUCACCAGGACAGGAUGA